AUUAUGAACUGCAGGUCAUGUAUUAUUUUCGUAAAAUGCAUGUCAAGGUGCUUAGUUUUCUUAAAGAAACCUUACUUUCAUGAGUUGAGCCAUCUAAUAUUUGUAUUUUGAAUAUAUUGUAGAUUCCCUAAAGCGCUGACCGUUGCCAACUUUGGGUGAAAUUUGUUAAUAGAGGUGAAUGGACACCUACAAGAUCUAGUGUUAUUUGCUCGAAAUAUUUUUCUAAGGAGUCAUUCGAUAGAACAUCAAAAUGUUAUGUUAAUCUCAAACCAAAUGCUGUUCCGACAAUACAUCCAAACCAGAAUAGGUGCUCCACUUCCAGAGUACAGUCAUAUUCUGAGCUUUCGAAGACAAGUUUAUAUAGAACCCAACCAACAGGCCCUAAAUAUCCCAGAAUCCAUUGAAAUAACUCAUGAAAACCUAGCCUACCGCAUUUUUCUAUCGCUAGAUAGUCAAAAGUGUUUCAAAUGCAGCAAGCAAGGUCAUAUAGCUUCCCAGUGUCCACUACCCUCCCAUCAACGACAAACAAAUCCACAUGAGACCCAAUCUACCAAAGAACCUGAAUCAACAAGCACACACCACAUAAGCAAUCAACAAAUAAUAACAACAGAGACCCAAGAAACAGCACUAUCUCAACAUAUACCUAACCCGCGUGAAGCUGAUGUAGAACUACCAAAUACUAGCCAAUCAGUAAUCGACAAAAGUCCAAUCGCCACCAGAAAAACGCAAGAGCUGAUACCAGAAAUACAAAAUUACACCCAACAAAACAAACCGGAUCAACAAAAUAGAGUUGUCAAUGUCAUGUAUGCCAUCCUGCAAUCUUAA